CGAGGAGAUGAGAUGCCGCGCCGGGUAGCAGGACGGGACGACGAAAACUCACAGAGACACACACACACACACACACACACCCUUGAUGCCGCUGAUGGUGGUUACAACACCACGAUGCACAAGGUCCAACGUGGGGCUCCCGACUUGUCGGGAUGGUCCCUGAGUUGAGUUUCUAGUUUCGACCGCCAAGAGCCUUGGCCACUGAAAGACGGCAAAGUCAAAAGAGCCGAGCGUUCCAAACUUGGAAAUCCACGACUCGCGCAACGGUCCACUGCAUACGGUCGUUGGGGGUCCGGACAGUGAUAUCCUAUCUGGUAAUACUGACCGCAGUAUCACCGAUUCCCAGCAUCAUGGCUUCUAUCCUGCCGAGACCCAUUUCCACCCAGAUUAGCUGCAACCUCUCCCGCUCUGAAUCGGGCGCAUUUGCUCUCUGGUCGACGAACGUGGACGAGUUCGUCCUUUGUUCUGCCGUGAUUGUGGCGCUGGCACUACGCAUGUUUCAGCCUCCGACCCAACCACCUGGCCACCCGCACAGAACAGGAAGCUUCCGUACCUUUGCGGCGAUGGAAAAUCCCAUCCUUGCGGCAAGACGAAGCGAGUAGGCAAUGGGAGAGUAAUCACCACAGAUGCCCGACAGCAUCGAUAACAGAUCGAUAACAGCUGCCUCCCCGGGGCGGGAGGUCGAACAAGGAUCUAUCUCAUUGUUUCUGUCAGAGCUUACCACAGCGUUUCUCGUGUAUGCACAUCCAUAAGGCACAAAGUCCACGGUUGCGUUGCCAACUCACCAUGCACCGAU